CCUCUUCCGUUUCCACUAGCUCGUCGUCCGCCUCCUUCCCAGUUCCCGGGACGCUGUCAGCGGAGGUGGCAACGCUGUCGCCCCUCGAUUCUUCGAUCGGCCUCUUCCGCGUGGUCUCCGCCCCCUCGAGCCCCACCGGUGGUACUUCCAGUUCCUCUUCCGCCAGUAAGUUCUGGCUGUGUUCUGUGGGGUUACGCCUUGGAAUCUUGAAGUCUUGGGGUUUGCUGAACUCGUUCUUAUUGACAAAGAGUUAGGUGUUGGAUUUAUGUGCAUAAACGAUGAUGGCAAUGCAUACUUCAGCCUUAACAUUUUAUACUGAAACUAUGUGUAUUCCACCAUCAAAAUACUCUAGAUCAAGAUUUUUUCAUGCGUCUUUUAUGCAAAGAUGUGUUUUUGGUCGUGAAGAAAGGAUUUAUCCUUGCAUUUGUUUCCUCAAGCUAGCUGCACCAUCAGCUAAUAACCCCAGGAGGAUGAACUGGGCUGCAAGCAGUAUGGCAGAUGGCAACAGAUCAAACGCAUCUGAAAGCGGCACAAAUCCAACAACCCGUUUGGUCAGAACCAUUCAAUCUUUCCAAACAAAGUUGAAUACUCGGAUCAAGCAGUUGAAGAAGGGCCUGUCGGUUAAAGUUUUCUUCUUCUUGGUGGGAUUCUAUUGUGCUACAGCAUUUGCCACUGUCAUUGGACAAACUGGCGACUGGGACAUUCUUUCUGCAGGCUUGGCCGUUGUUGUAGUUGAGGGGAUUGGUGCCCUCAUGUACAGGGCUUCUCUUCCUUAUGCCAACAAAAUAAGGAAUCUAGUUACUGUCUUUAAUUACUGGAAGGCAGGGCUUUCCUUGGGCUUGUUCUUGGAUGCAUUUAAAUAUGAAAUUGAUUCGUUCUUCGAGUCAUGUAAACCAAUGAAUAUUGAAAUAGAUAUAUUUCCUCCAUUUUGGUAAAUGCAUUAUUUUAGUGCAUGCAUUUGUACAUUUGAGGAGUCACUUAGAAUUAUAUUUUUUAUAAAAAAUUACUAGACGAUUAUGUCAAGAGAAGGGAAAGGAUUUUGGUGCUUUGUUGUGUGAUAGUUGCAUUUGACCGUUUCUUCUAUCUCAGAUCUUCACAUAGGAGUAUUAUCAGUAGGUAAGGGCCAAUAGUUAUCUUGCCUAAGGUUGAAUUUUUGAUUAAUUCUCUCUCAAACUAAUUGCAGUUAUUUCUGGAGAAGCCCUCAGGCCCAACUGAAUUUUAGUUUCCCUUCAGCAUCGAUGAGGUGUGAUGGAGUCCAAAGUUUCCAAUCCUCAAUGCAGAUGGAAAACAAGUCCUACGACUCAUAGGAAGCAAUCUUACUCUGAGGUGUAUGAGUGUAUCAUGUCCAGUCCCAGCAAGCAAAAUACUUUCACUGGUCAUACUUUGUGGAGCUUGUACAUGACAUUGCAAUCAUGAUGUAUCCUCUGGAAAAUUCUUUUGAAAGUUUUAAUUGUUUUUUCC